AUGGAGCGGUGGCAGGGACGCGUGGCGAUUGUGACUGGGGCGAGCGCCGGCAUCGGGGCGGCAAUUGCGAAACUUUUGGCAGAAAGUGGCAUGAAAGUUGUUGGAUUUGCGCGCAGGAAAGAGAGAGUCGAGGAAUUAGCAGACCAGCUGAAAACCGCAGGCUGCAAAGGAGAACUUCAUGCAUUUGCUGGCGACGUAAGAAGUGAGGAGGACGUGAAACGUGCCGUUCAAUGGACCAGAGAAACGCUCGGGGGCACCGACGUUCUGGUCAGCAACGCGGGGGUUGUGGCUUUUGGCGGUUUAACUGAGGUUUCAACGGAGGAUUUGAAAAAGGUUUUGGACACCAACUUGGUGGGCGCGUGCGUUUUCAUGAGGGAGGUGGUGCAGGACAUGAAGGAAAGGGGUGUCAACGAUGGACACAUUUUCUUCAUCAACAGCACGGCAGGUCAGGCCAUAUUAAAUUUCCCAGGCACUUAUGUGUACGCAGCUGGAAAACAUGCUUUGAGGGUGGUCACCGAGGGGCUGCGAAGGGAGCUGCGUGACAUGGGAACGAAAAUUAGAGUAACGAGUGUGAGUCCUGGUGCUGUGAAAACGGAAAUCGGUUUGGCGGCCGGCGUGCCAAAGGAAAUGGUCGAACUGGGAUACAAACUCAGCGUCAACUUGGAGUCCGUGGACGUGGCCAACGCCGUGCUCUACGCCCUCGGAACUCCACCCCACGUGCAGGUGCACGAGAUCACGAUGCAUCCCACGGGCGAAAAACUGUGAUUCGCGCGGCAAUCACUCAUGCAAAACAGACACACGUCCAUAUUUGAUUAAACAAAACGACACAGCGUGCAAAUUCGACAAACUUUACCAUGGAAUUAACCCGGCUUGCUCUAUAACACAAUAUAAAUGUGCUCGCCAGAGAGCGCGACGCAGACAGGCAAAAGCGCAAAUGCGAUUAUUUAUGUAUGAGAGUUAUUUGCUGCACUAACUGAAUUAAAUCGUCAGCACGUAUGUGCAAUCACGUGUGCGAGGAUGGCGAAAUCCGCACAGCAUGUUCGCACAGUGCAUGUGUGUGUGCGGAAUGAUGUGCGGGUAAUACACUCUCGCACGGCGUGUUUCGUGCAGAGCAAGCGGCCCAUUUGUUUAGACGGGACUUAAUUAAAACAAAGGCGCCGUCAAAUUGUGGAACCACACCUCGACAAGUAACUUUAAUUAACGCGGAGUUUCAUUUGAGCCGAAAAUCUGAUACCACCGAGGGCCAAGAAGUCGAGAAAUUCCCACUCAUUUUGGUUUGCGGUGACAUAAAAGUCAAGUAUUUGAUUAGAUAAGAUAAGAGUGAAUUGGACAAAACACAAAAUCACGUGAAGCACAUAAAAAACUAAUAUUUAGUUGAAAAUAAAAUUCAUUUUUUAUUUUCUUUCAAUAAAUCCAGUUCAUGUAAUUUAUAAUGUGUAUAAUCCUUACUUUUAACUACAAAUCUAGGAUUUAAAAUGAAAUAUAAUUUUAUCUGUAACUAAAAGUUAGCCAAAUUCCGCUCUGGCCUGAGGCUCAUUACGUUGUGCAACAAAAAAUUGAAGUAACAAAGAACUUCUGUUAGCGCAAGGCCUCUAUGAUCGUCUUAUAGGUUUAAAUAAAUCUUUAAUUAAAAUAUUUUCGCUUUAAAAUGCAUCAUUCAUUCAGUGAUUGAGAUAGAUAUAAAAUUACUUUAAAAAUUUUGAAAUUACUUACGCGUAAAUAAUGGCUUAUGGAUAUUUUCUUAAAUUAAAAUAUCAGAACUUUGUUUUCAUUUAUGAAUAAAAAUUUAACGUUUCCUUAAU